CCUACCAGCCAAGCAGCAAAGGACAAGGGGCCACCAUCGCUGUCCACCUCCAUUGCCAACCUUGCCCUACGCUUCCUGCGGAUCGACUCAUUCCUUUGAGAAACUCCCAACAUGUCGCGGAGAUACGGCGCUGGCGGCGUCUCCGAUCGCAACGCCAUGCUAGCCGGGUACGGAUAUGGCAACUAUUCUGCCUCUCCACAAGCUCCCUCAAUAGGAAGGACCGCCUCUCCCUUUGAGCAACCCUACGCUUCCACUUCGGCCUCAACUUCAACUUCAGCAGGAUCUGCCUCUUCCCGCCAUCCUUUUGCCUCUUCUUCUUCCUCUUCGGCUCAAAACCAAAGAGGUGGCGCCUCACUGCCACAAGAAGACUGGUCAGAGUACGAUCGUAAGAAGUUCGACGAGUCGCCUGUUGCACCUACUUCUUCCUCCUCCUCUUCGAAAUGGUGGGGAGGAACAGAUCGACAGGCGGAGCAGCUCGAAGAGCAAAACGAUGAGAGACUGCAGGGCUUAUCGGACCGUGUCAAGAUCCUCAAAGACAUCACGUUGGGUAUUGGAAACGAGGUACGCGAGGGAACAAAGGAGCUGGGAACACUCGGAGAGGCAAUGAGUGGGGCUAGCGCCUUUCUAGGGGGAACAUUUCAGAGGAUGAACAAAAUGGCAAAGAGACAAGGAGGAUGGUUUUGGAACAUGAUGGGAUUCUUGCUCUUUGUUUGUUGGUUGUUUGUAUUCCUCUGGUGGUGGAGGAGAUGAUGCAUGUCCAAUCUCAAUUGCAAUUCAUCACAAUUAUACCUCUCCGUGUCUUGCAUCCCGAGGAGAGCGCUUGCACCCCUGACGCGGGUGAACUCACAACGUCACGUCACACACACACAGCUGGGGCGACACAAGAACAAAGGUGAACGAUGUCGAAAAGUUGGUAUGAUGAUGGCACGCCUUCCCCUGAGAAUGGCGACGACGCAGAAAGUGGACAUCGAGACGGUAUCUACUCGAGGUGGACGCAUCAGGCAGAGUUCAGUAGGACAUUGGCAUCGCCAGUCAUACCAGACACAAUCAGCUUGAGCAGCUCCGCAGAGACUAGGUCGUUGGUAGUGCGAAUAGUCGCUCGGCAUAGCUUGGCUUGAGCAUUAGGCUCCACCCGAACCA